UGCCUCGGCGAGCAGAGCGGAGAGCAGGCUGGAGAGAGCGAGCCCGGCUCCACGGGGCGGGCAGGCCGAGCGAGCAGCCCCCGAGGCGCUUCUCUCCCGCCGCCCACCCCUCUCCUCUCUUCUGCUCCAACUUCUCUCUCCGGCCUUAAAACUUUUCCCCCAACCCCCCUCAUUAGCCAAAGGAAGGCGGUAGGGGGAACACUACCCCUCCCCCCUCCCCCCCAAAAAAAACUUUUCCAGCCCGGAGAAAAGUAGGGGACCGAGCGGGCACCCGGCUGGCCAUGGAGCUGCUGUGCUGCGAGGUCGACCCGGUGCGCAGGGCCGUGCGGGACGCCAACCUGCUCCACGACGACCGCGUUUUGCAGAAUCUGCUCACGAUCGAGGAGCGCUACCUUCCCCAGUGCUCCUACUUCAAAUGCGUGCAAAAGGACAUCCAGCCCUACAUGCGCAGGAUGGUGGCCACCUGGAUGCUGGAGGUGUGUGAGGAGCAGAAGUGUGAAGAGGAGGUCUUCUCUCUGGCCAUGAAUUACCUGGACCGCUUCUUGGCUGGAGUCCCGACUCCAAAGACCCACCUGCAGCUCCUGGGUGCUGUCUGCAUGUUCCUGGCCUCCAAGCUCAAAGAGACCAUCCCCCUGACGGCUGAGAAGUUGUGCAUUUACACCGACAAUUCCAUCAAGCCCCAGGAGCUGCUGGAGUGGGAGCUGGUGGUGCUGGGCAAGUUGAAGUGGAACCUGGCGGCCGUCACACCCCACGACUUCAUCGAGCAUAUCCUCCGCAAGCUGCCCCAGCCCAACGAGAAGUUGCCUCUGAUCCGCAAGCACGCGCAGACCUUCAUUGCGCUGUGUGCCACCGACUUCAAGUUCGCCAUGUACCCCCCGUCGAUGAUCGCAACUGGAAGUGUGGGAGCCGCCAUCUGCGGGCUGCAGCAGGAUGAGGACGUGAGCUCACUCACUGGCGACGCCCUGAUAGAUCUGCUGGCCAAGGUCACCAACACGGAUGUGGAUUGCCUCAAAGCCUGCCAGGAGCAGAUUGAGGUGGUGCUGCUCAACAGCCUGCAGCAGUUCCGCCAGGACCAGGGUGAUGGAUCCAAGUCCGAGGAUGAACUGGACCAAGCCAGCACCCCCACAGACGUGCGGGAAAUCGACCUGUGAGGUGGUCACUCGGGCCGAAGGGAGAGAUGCGUUCCAAUCUGUUCUCUCCUUCUCUCUGGUUAUGUUAUGUUCUUUAUGUUUUAGGAUGCAACUUAAAAAAAAAAAUUCUGCCCCCACCUAGAUCAUAUGGAAAUAUCUUUUAGAAGUGAGAGAAAAAGGUCCUAUAAAAAUGGAAUCAUUAAAAGCAUUUGGUGCCUAUUUGAA